CUUGCUACAGAACAUCUAAAGUGUGGUGUUUUGCUGGGUUGGUAGUGAUGUUCUUUCUCUUUAUCAUCACUACAUUAUUGGCUAUUUUCGACACGUCACAAUGGCCUGGAACAUUUUUUGGGAUCACGAUGGUGACUAUAGUGAUAUUCAAUGCUGCAGCAGCUGUUUACCAAUCAGGGAUGUACACCCUCCUUGCUAAGCUCCCUCCUAGUUACAUCCAGUGUUACCUCGUAGGACAGGGCUUCGGCGGAACCUUUGUUGCCAUUUCUGCGAUCAUUUCAAUAGCAAUUGCCGGUACUCAUCGAAGUGCGGCGGUUGGCUACUUCACAACAGCCGUUGUCGUUCUUUUCGUCUGCGUCGUCAGUUACUGCCUGCUCUACAAAAUGUCAGUGGUGAAGUAUCACCUCGGCAUAGCCCGAGGAAACGAAGCGGCUGAUGAGAUCAACAAAGCUGCAUCGGGUAUGAUGGACAGUAGCGCUCUAAGGCAAUGCUGUACAACGUGCACCAAUCUAGCCCAAAUAUUCUGGGAUAUAAAAAUGCAAUUUUUCAAUAUAUGGAUGACAUUCUUCGUGACCUUGUCCCUGUUCCCCGUGGUCCUGGUCGAGAUUCCUUCAUCAAAUGACCACCAGUCCGACUUUCUCGACCUCUACUUCGUCCCUCUCGUCUGUUUCUUCACCUACAACUUUGGGGAUUUCUUGGGCAGUCUGGUACCGGCCAUACCUCGUCUGAGAUGGUUGACAAUGUUUGCGUAA